UGACCAGUGACAGUGACAGUGACAGUAAUAAUAUAAACAAUGUCCUCAAUAAUUAUAGGAAGUUAAAUAAAAAUAAAAGAAAACGAAAGGAAAUAAAGAAGCAUUUGAUUUCAGGAUGAUUAAAAAAUAAUGUAUACCGAUAAAAUAUGUGUCAAGGAAACUGAUCAACUAAAAACAUCCAUCCACAAUCUAAAUAAAUUUUACAUUGAAUCUGGAUGUCUCUUAAAAGACUUGGAACAGUCUUUCAAAAUAGCAUACAAAAGUAUAUUUCUUAUUAUUUUUGUUAGUGCAACAGUAUUGAGUAUCCUUUUGAAUGGAGAAUAUUGCAUAUUAGCUUUAAAUUAUAUUUUUGGGGUAAGAUGUCUAUUACCUAAUAAUUACUUUAUCUGGGAAGCUACCAGGCCUAUAUCCAAUUGUAACUUUUGUUUAAAUGUAACAGAACCUAUCAUAUUGCCAAAUGUCAGUAGAGAGACGUUUUUGCCAUAUAAUUAUGGUUCGAAACCUGUUGUGAUAAAAGAGGCCUUUCUUCAUUGGCCUGCCAUGCACGUUUUUUCUUUAGAAUAUUUUCAAAAACUGUACAAUAAUAUAGAAGGCUCAAUCAGGAGUGUGAACGAGGAGUGUCAAUUCCUACAUUUUAAAUCUGAUUUCAUAUCUGUUAAAGAUGUAUUCUUAAUGAGUGAAGAAAGAUCUAGAAAUGAACCUACUGAGAAGUCGUGGUAUGUUGGCUGGGGUAACUGCCACCCAACUAUUCUCGAGGAGAUGAGAAAACACUAUCCAAAGCCUCACUUUUUACCAGAAGAUAGUGAAAUACCUUCAAAAGAAUACAUCUUUAUGGGAUAUGAUGAUGGUGCUACACUACAUCUUGACUUUAUAAACCGUUUAAUGUGGCAAGCUCAAUUAAAAGGAACAAAACGUUGGUAUCUACAUCCGCCUCCAGAAUGCGAAAGCAUGUGUAAGCCUUUGUCAUUUUAUGUAGAACCAGGUGAUGCAGUACUAGUAGAUACCAGAGUUUGGUACCACGGAACCACCAUAAAGCCUGGAGAAUUUAGUCUUUCUGUACAAUCUGAAUAUGGAUAACUUGCUUCAAUAUAUUUAAUAUCAGUACCUGGAAACAUGAAACUAAGCCAAAUAACCAUAAUACAAAAGGCAGGCGUGCCUCUCAAGUAAAAUGUAUUUAUCUUACAAUUGGUAUUUUAGUCAAUAGUUGUUACAAUAUCAUUUAAACUGUAUAUUGGAGAGUUUUUAGAUUUUGUUAGUAUAUGUGUUGCUACAUAGAACGGUUGUUGAGACAAUUCGGACGUUUUUCAAUCUCUAUUGCUUCUUGGGUAAUUCUUGGUGUAUAUAAACGAAUAAGGGCUAUGGUUCUAGAGUGUGAUCUGUAUGAAGAUGAUGCUGAGCUAGAGGUGAAAUUAAAUUGUGAACAGACGAUAUGCAGACGGUGUAAUUAUGUUAGCUAAUUCCGCCGAAUGUGGCUACCUCGAUUAUUCGAAUUUCUGUAAUCUUUGUCAGGAACUAUUUCGGGGCCUCAUUCACCUCAGUGGCGCUUCUGCAUGCAUUGUCUAGAGCCAGUGAGGUUAAAAGUGCUAUGGAGACACAGAAGAUCAAAGCUCCAAAAUAAUUUCUGAUGAAGACUGCAAAUAAAUAUGUAGUCGAAUUUUUUCGACAUCGCUAAAUUCGACAAAUAAACCAAAUCGUGGUUCCCAAACAAGGAAGUUGACUAUUACCAAUGGAAGUUAUAGCAGAAAUACCAUGUUUGGUAGAUGUUAUACGAUCAGGUUUAAUUGCUGUUUAGGCUAUGAUAUCCAGGUUUAUGAUACCAUUUUUUUUUAUCUAUAGGGAAGUUUAAAAUAAUUCUAAAAAAUAAUAAAUAUUAAUAACGAAACCUUUUUUGAAUAAUUAAUGAAAUAAGUAUUACCAGAUCACCGUUCUAGUGUAGCAUCACCUAAAAUGACAAUUUCUUGACAGUCUCCUACUGAAUAACUUAGCAAUAAUGUCAGCUAAAGUUACCUAUAUUGUUUUUUUUAUCUGUUUUGGUUUUACCUAUUCUGAUCUAGUCACUAUACAGUAAUAGUUUAGAGCUAAAUAAAAUUUGAAAUAUACAUGUUACGAAGUAACAAAUUUUUCUGGAAAAAUUAUGGCAAAAUAUCAUUUCCUGGUAAAUCUAUUGCAUGUCAUCAAAAAUAUUGCCGUACUAUUUGUUCAUUGAAUCAUCAAUUUUAUUUUAUUGAUUAUUUCAUUCAUAGGAGAUUCUGACCAAUAGAAAGCUACAGAAAUCUAAUUUAGACUGAUAAUUUUUGAUAAUUUCCCGUCAAGUAUAUUACGUCAGAUGCCCUUCGUUGUUAUGAAAAAAUACAUUCAGUGACAUUAAGGCUAUGGGUACAUAAUUCGCAAAUAUUUUACGUGUAUCCCUACUUUUUCUGUCUUUACACGGCAAAUUACGUGUAGUAAAAUUCACACUGGUGUGGAUAUGUAAACAUUACUAGAAUGUCAUUCUACUUGAAAAUGUCAUAAUUAAUUUAAAGAGAUGGCUUUUGAAUGUUCAUGGAUAACUGUUAUUUUUAUAAUUGCAAAUUAUUAAUUCAGUUAAUAAAUGUGAUAAUUUUUUCACUAACUAUGUUUUCAGUGAUUGUAAUAAUUUAUUUGUACAACAGAAACUAAUAAUCAAUCGAGAAAAGAGGAAAAGUGUUAAAGUGAUUUUUUAAUAAUAUGUUGUUAUUUUGGAACGCUUACAAUUUUGAACAUCUCUAACAACAAAAUACUUGGAUCACAGGAUAUAUCUGAUGUAUUCUCUGCUUGGAUCUUUCACAAAUAAUACACAAUAAAUAACUUUUUAUUAAGUUCACGUCUUAAAUCAAUUAUUUAUCAAAUACACUAUAUAUCAAUAAUAUUUAAUCAAUUUCUCAAAAUAUUCCCGAUGCAAUGUCAAAUAUUUAAAAUUGUCACUGAUUGUCAGUGUCUGACUGACAAUAUAUGCUGACAAUAUUAUAUUCGGUUGAGUGCGUUGUAAGACAAAGACAGAUUUGGAAAAUAUUACCACGGCAUUGUGUUCAUUUUUUUCAAAUCCUGAAAAAACCAAUAAAUAUUUUUGAAAAAUUUAAACGCAGAAUGAAAGACUAAAUUAUUACCGAGGGCCGAAAGUCCCUUAGAAUAAAUAAAAAGUUUAUUUUGAAUGAGAUAUUUGAAUUUAAAAAUCACACUAAAUUUUCUCUUAGUUUUUUCACCCCUGUAACUUAUUAAAAUAAACAUUGUAGAAGUUCUCAGGGACUUUCGGCCCUCGCUAAUAACGUAAUCUUUCAUUCUGCGUUUAAAUUUUUCCAAAAUACUUAUUAGUUUUCUCAGGAUUUGAAAAAAAUGAAUCCCCAUUUGAAUAGCAUUGCAGCCGAAAAUACGUUCCGAUCCUCUUAAUGACAAUUAAUGUUUUAAAAAUUAUAAAAGUGAUGACUUUCAACCGUAAAAUAUUUAUAACAACUGUGUGUUUAGUACUAAUUUGUACUUACAUAAAUAAAUUACAAUAAAAUUUUGGUUUUGAACAGUUUUAUUCAUGAAAUAAUCGCAACAAAUUGCACUCGAUCUCAUAAAAUUAAUAUAAAAUUUUUGCCCUCGUGAAAACUGUCAAAGUGUCACUCGGGAAAAAUUCAAUAAUUUUAGAGCUCUUGUGCAAUUACUACUGAUAAUAUCAAAUAUUUAAGUAUAAAUAAUUGUAAAAUCACCAAACUAAAUUGAAACUAAACCACCUAAGAUAUGCAGACGAUGUAGUAGUCAUAGCAUCAAGUUUUGAAGAACUACAAACCAUGCUAACCGAACUAGCAAAUGAAUCCGAACAAAUAGGUCUAAAAAUGAAUUUUGCCAAAACAAAAACAAUGACAAACACACAAGACAAUAGAAACGUAAUACUAAACGACACCACAAUAGAAGCGGUUAAUGAUUAUAUAUAUUUGGGACAGAUUAUAAAAAUAAAUAAGGAAAACCAAACAGCGGAGGUAAAAAGAAGGGUCAGAUUAGCCUGGGCAGGAUUUGGAAAAUUAAAAUGGGUCCUAAAGAAUAAAAAAAUACAACAAUACUUAAAAGCAAGAGUGUUUGACCAGUGCAUACUCCCAAUUCUCACAUACGCAUGCCAAACAUGGACCUUGACCAAGGCAAACAUGGAUAAAAUAAUAAAGACACAAAGAGCCAUGGAGAGAGCAAUGUUAGGAGUAAAAUUGACAGACAAAAAGCAAAACAACUGGGUCAGAAAUAGAACAAAAGUCAAAGACGCAGGUCAACAUAUAACCAGGCUAAAAUGGAGCUUCGCAGGUCAUAACGCUAGACAAACGGACAAUAGGUGGAAUAGCACGAUACAACAAUGGAGACCAUGGACAGGAAAGAGAGCAAGAGGACGACCCCAGAUGAGAUGGGGAGACGACAUUAAAAAGAUAGGAGGAACGCACUGGAAACAGAAAGAACUAAACAGAAGCGAAUGGAGGAAACUGGGGAAGCCUAUGUUCAGAAUUGGACGAAUUAAAGAGCAAAAGAAGAAGAAGAAGAAUUGUAAAAUUAUGAGUAGUAAUUACACGAGAGCUCUAAAAUUAUCGAUUUGUAUCCCGAGUGACACUUUGACAGUUUGUCAAAGUGUCACGAGGGCAAAACAAAUCGAUAAUUUAAGAGCUCGAGAGUAAUUCGGUAAGAUUAUUUCAUGAAUAAAACUGCUUUUUAAAUAAUUUUAACUAAUAUUUUAUCGAUAUCUUCACCUGAAAAUUUGCUAAGCCUGUUUCUUGGUGUUUUCUGUGACAAGUUGUAAAACAUUAAUUGUGAUUAAUGUCACUGAAUGUUCAUUUUUUCGUAGUAACGAAGGGCAUCUGACGUUAUGUUUGACGACGGAAAAUUAUCGCUGUAUUUUUUAUUUCGGUAGCUUUCUAUUGGUCAGAAUCUCUAUGAAUGAAAACAUAAUCUAAAUAAUCACAUUUUAUUGUUGUAUUUUAUGAAUUUUAUUAUAUUUUAUAAAUUUCAUUGCCUACGUAUAUGAAUAAUCUUGUAAAUUUUCGUGUAGGUAUAGAAAUAUUAGGUUAGUUCUAAAAAUUUAAAGUAGUUGAAUGUACUAUGUGGACGUAGAAAUUUCAUUGUUGACGUGCAGCGGACUUGGCAGGAAAAGAGACAACAGUUGUCUUUAAAAAGCAUAUGAAACCGAAAAUAUAUUCAAUAUAGAUUCAGCAUUCAUAUAUAUUAGUCAGUUAUUAUUUUAAAACAAUAUAGGUAAACGUAGUUAUUACUAUUUAACGCUGCUCAAGUCUUUUAUGUAUUUACCAUUUUCAUUUGUACCUUAUAUGACUAUGAAUUGCCAGAAGGAAUAUUUAUUCAUAACACUAGUAUUUAAGACAAUAAUUCAGGAUAUUUGAGUAUUAUCUAGUCCUAAGUAAUAUUUAUUUGAUGAAUAUUUUGUUAAUAAUAAUAUUGCAUCAUUACGAUGAGUAAAAAGGUCAAUUCGCAUUUUACGGAACGUCAACGUCCCGUCACGGACCGGCAACGUCCCGUCAAAAUAUUCUGUAUGGUAUUUUAAGCCAGGAUGUUCUCAUAUUUCGGCACCAUCACGGAACGUUCCGCUCUCAGAACGUCAACGUUUCUCUGAAACAAUAGUUUGACGUGACGUUUUGUGUCGUUGCCGGUUCAUUACUGCAUACGUCUAUAAAGAUAGUAUCAUCAUCACGUAGCGCUACAACCCUGGGUGGGUCCUGGCUGACUGUACAACUUUCUUCCAAUUUGUUCGGUCUUCCAUCAACCUAGGGUCAAAUGGAAUGUUAAUUUUUUGGAGAUCUGAUUGGAUGUUAUCUCUCCAUCGCAUUCUGGGACGUCCGAGUGGUCUUUUGCCUGUAGGAAUUUCCUUCCAUACCAUUCUUACAAGUCUCUCGUUAUGAAUUCGGUGCAUGUGGCUUGCCCAUCUUAGUCGCUGUGAUUUAAUUUCUUACUCUUCUUAUUGUCGCUGUGACAAUAUCACCUUUAUUGUAGAGUGCUUUUAAUUCGAUGUUGGUUCUGAUCCUAUACUAGUUUGUGUUAAUGUCGUGGUGAGGUCCGAAAAUUUUUCUAAGUAUUUUUCGUUCAAAUCGUCUAGUAUGCGAAUGCAGAAAAUAUUAGAAUAUCUCGGAGAUUUACACGUGGAGAGAGAUACAACUUGCUCCAAUUGAUUAUUAGACCAGUAAGGAUCUGCGAAAGAAUGCCUAUUUUUGGAUGUGAGAGGUGGCAUUCGGAUUUUUGCAGAUAAAGUUAGGUGACACCUUCAGUAAUAAUAAUUGACUUAUGCUCCUUCUCAAAUAUGCCCGGAACAUUAAUAAAAAAAUUAAAAUAUUUAAAAAUUUCGAAAAACAUCGAUUUUUUUCUGCUUUCUUUGCUUAUAACUUUAAAACGAUUCGUUUUGGAACAAAGUCGUAAAGAAAUAAAAUGAAAGAUAAUUGAAUUUUGUGUGAUAUACGACUGGUAAAAAUGUCUUAAGGUAUUACCUUUUCUGCAAUAUAGCAAUAAAUACAAAAUAAGGGGGCAAAAUAAGUCUGUUGUUAUUCAAUAUUUUUUAACCACUUUGGUGGCACUUAGAACCUUAGUAAUUCGCUUAGGAAAUUCUUUGUAACAUACUUAAAUCGUGUACCAAAUUUCAUUAAAAUCGACCUAAUAAAUUUUGCAUAAGAAAUUUGCAAUCUAAAUGUUUUUAAAAAAGUUCAAAUUUUUUAAAAUCUUUCUGAACAAAAAGUAGACCAUUUAGAAGUUGACUAAUUUUUUUUACAUAUAAAGAGGUGCUCUACCUAUCUAAUACACUUUACAGAAUUAAAAUCGGAUUAUUUAAGGGGCCCCAGCAAUGUUUUAAAUUUAUAAACAAUUUUUUGGCUUAUAAACAAAUAGCUUUGUUUAAUAAUAAACAAAUUAAUUUUUAGCAAUGCAAAUAAUUAAAACCGGUAUAAUUUGACUUAAACUUUCAAAUGCUGUCAGCAGAAUUGCCAUUUUAUUUUUUAAGCAAACGUUAUUCGCGUUCAAAAAUUGCAAUUUCUCGAUUGCAAUUUCUUCGAACUUGUGAGAACAUUUUUUGCUUAGAAUUACCCAAGAAAUACAAAAAAAUGUUUUAUUUUGCGAAAAAUCGAUUUUAUAUAAUUCCUCAAGUUCUUUGUUUAUAACAAUCUUAUCGACAUCCGGAUCAACUGUUACCCAAAAAAUUCGUGUUCUACGGGUCAAAAUACAUAAAAAAACUUGGGUAAGUCCAUCUAAAUAAAGGAGCCCGUAGCACCCCCUCCUGGCCACAUCACUAAUGUGUUUAUAAGCCAAAAAAUUGUUUAUAACUUUAAAACAUUGCUGAGGCUGCUUAAAUAAUCCGAUUUCAAUUCUGUAAAGUGCAUUAGAUAGGUGGAGUACUUCUUUAUAUGUAAAAAAAUUGACAAAUCUUUGUAUGUUCUAGUUUUUGUUGUGCAAGAUUUUAAAAAAUUUAAAUUUUUUAAAAAAAAUUUAGAUUGCAAAAUUAUUAUGCAAAAUCUAGUAAGUCAAUUUUAAUGAAAUUUGGUGUACCGUUUUAGCACAUUACAAAAAUUUUCUAAGCGAAUUAGGAAGGUUCCAAGUGUAACCUAAGUGAUGGAAAAUCAUUGAAUAAGGACAGGCUUGUUUUGCCCCCUUAUUUUAUAUUUAUUGCUAUUUUGAAGCAAGGGUGAUACAUUAAGACAUUUUUAACCAAUCGCAUCUGAUGGAAAAUUUAAUUAUCUUUGUUUUGUUCCUGUAGGACUUUGUUCUAAAAUGAAUAGUUUUAAGUUAUAAGCAAAAAAAGUGGAAAAAAAAACGCAAUUUUUUGAAAUUUUUAAAUAUUUUAUUUUUUUUAUUAAUGUUCCCGGCAUAUUUGAGAAGAAGCAUAAAUCAAUUAUUAUUAACGAAAUUAUCACCUAACUUUAUCCGCAAAAAUCUGAAUGCCACCUCUCACAUCCACCUAAAAACAGAUCCUUACUGGUCUAUAUGCAGGGAAAGAUUCGUGGAAAAAUAAGCAUAAGGAGACGCAGAAUAUCGUGGCUGCGCAACCUGAGAGAAUGCUACGAAUGUACAUCAGAUGAACUUUUCAGAGCAGUCGUCUCUAAAAUGCUAAUAGUUAUGAUGAUUACAGACCUUCGUCGCGCAGAUAGCACUUAAAAUAGAAGAAGAGUGCGAAAAGUACAACACCGGUUGUCAAUCGAUUGAAUAUUUGGUGAGAUCGUCUCUUCAGUUUGCAGUUUGAACUAAAUAUAGUACAUAAAACUGAUCCUGAGACAUUCUGAAAUAUAGAAACAACUUUCGUCGUCAUAUAGUUCUUUAAACAAUUUAUGGUACCUACUACCCUAGGUAUUUUAUAUUAAGAUACAUCUUUCAUACCCACAACUUUUCCUUGGAUUUGUUGCUUGCCUGCUCUUCUUCGUCCAACAUUAAGGCAAUUAUUGCUAAUUUUCUUUUGCGUAAUUUGCUCAUCGCUUAACUUUUUGUUGUAAUUGAAACGUGACAAACGUGACAGUUUAACGUAACGUUAAUAAUAAUAAUAUCGUAUGGCAUUUUUGCCGGGGGGACCGACGGCUUAACGUGCUCUCCGAGGCACGGUGAGACGGCUCGUGCCAUUAUUGGAAAUGAAAAUGGUUUGUCUUUGGCAGGGCUCGAACCCACGUGCACUGGGGUAUGAGGCCAGCGAAUAUGCCGUUACUCCACGGCCGCUCACAACGUAACGUUGCCGGCCCGUGACGGGACGUUGACGUUCCGUAAAAUGCGAAUCGACCUUAAAUAACAUUAAAAUGCUGGUUAAAUGGACUAAAUACUUGUUUAAUCUAUUUUAUUAUAGUGUGUAGUAAUUUUGGUAAGGUAUGUCUAAUAUUAGGUUUGUUUUUGCAGCAGUUUUGAUAUUUUUUUCAAAAUAAACUAUUUUUUGACCGUUUCUUAUAUGACCGUGACUUAAACGAUUCUCUGACCGUUGAAACCAAAAUUAGUCAAAAUUUUUCAUAGUAAUUAAGGAUUGAAGUCAGUUUGUAAUAAAACGAGAAACUCAAAAGCACUAAGAAGCUAUCAUUUCGAGAUGGAAUCAGCUUUUUUGUUGGUUACCUUUAUAAAGGCAGAAGUCAGCUCAAUCCAAAAAUACAAAACGUACUAAAUAUUUUUGAAUGCUCAGUUAAACUGGUACAAUUAUAUUGUAAAAUAGUCCUGAAUGUACAAGUCAUAUCAUGACAGUCUUUUGAUUGUUCUUUGAUUAACUCAUUUGGAUUUAAGUAUAUUGCUCGCUAGCUGUGAGAGACACUCUAGCACAUAUUCUCAUUUUCGUCCAAGUCCUACACGCUAUUACUACACGCUACUUUGUUAAGAAUAUCACCAUCAACGGGUUCUCGGUAACAUUAUGAAACUUGCAUAAAAUUUUAAAUUCGAAAAGAAUACUAAAAAUCACAACAGAACAUAAUUUAAAAUAUAUAUCAAAAAAUCUAAAAUCGAAAAGUCUUUCGUUUGACCCCUAAAAAGAUUAAAAUCGAGAGAAAGUUCAAAUUAUAGCAGCCAGACCAAAACGCGCCCUCAUUGUUCGUGACGUCAUAAAGUUAAAAAUGUUUAAUUAUAGCGCCAUUAAUUAUUCAUUACGUUUGAUAUUCGUUUACUUGUUGUAGUCAUUUUAUGGUAUAUCUCAGUUUUAUGAAUGGUUAGAUAGUUGCUGUGAACUAUAUGCUUUAUAAUAUUUGAGUGUUUUUGUAGAGGCAAUUUUUUUAAAAUGACCGAAGAGGGUUUUUCUAAAAGACAGUCUGAUAACUUACCCAUUAUGAACAUAAAUCUUUUUCAAUCUGAAUUCAAUCUGUAAUGUACUUCUACUCUACCAAAAGUUCUAUUUUAUUUUUGCUCAAAGUACACUUGAUUUAUUAAAAAAACUAUUAAGCAGACAACAUAUAUUCAAUACUUACAUUAUAAUUAUUUUCACAUACAUGAAGACCUUGAGUAUGAACUAAAAUAUCUUUAAUGUCCUUUCAACAUGCAUGUAACCACUGUAUUAAACUAAUUUGCAAUCUAAUAAAUAUUUUAUUAGGGUUUUAAUGGUUGUACUUUAACACAAUAGUACUAAACAACAGUUAUAGUAUUUACUUCUAUUUUCCACAGUAAACACAUACACACAAUUCAAUCAUAUCUCUUUAAAAACUGUAUCAAACUCCAAAGUAAACAAAAUAGUAUUUACUUUUAUAUGAGACAGGAGAAAUGUCAUUACAAAAUAUUACUAUAUGACGUCACAAGUGUUUGCGCGAUUUUUCGAUCGUUUGAAAUGAUUUAAAUACACAGAAUGUUUUAAAUUUCUACUUAUAUGGCCCAAUAAAUGACCGUUUUGGAGUGUAAUUUCCAGGGGCAACUCCGAAUUCCAUGAAAAUUUGGAUUUAGGUUGUACUUACCCUCCACUUCAAAGUUGAAUUUGUGCCGUUGGUUGCUUUUACUUCGGGGUGACAUUUACCUCUUCUCGGGGGGUGAAAAACGCGUGUGUAAAAUAAGGCCGGAAAUGGACAAAUUGACUUAUUUUAAACAUCUUUUGGUCUAUAAAGUUUUUUACGUAAGUCAAUACUUUUCGAGUUAUUCGCGAUUUAAAAUGUUGAUUUUUCGACAAAAAAAGUACGUUUUCAGAUCGUUUUUCCCAAAUAACUCAAAAAGUAAAUAUUUUAUCGAAAAAAAUAUUUUUAGCAAAAGUGUAGCCUAUAAAAAAACAAAAAGAUUGGUGUACCAGUAAAGUCUACAAAUUGAGUAGAAGCAAACUUGUAGGUCAUGAAAAUACGUUCUUGUUCGUCUAAUUUCAAAUCGAAUAAUUCAACGCGAAAUCACCGAAGAAAGAAGCGUUUUUCGGGAAAACCUUAUUAACAUUUUUAAAGUGUCGAAAAAAAGCUUAUUAUUCGUUUUUUACAAAAGUUUACAGCAUCAAAAAUAAACGAGUUACACUGAAAAAAAAAGUUGGCCCCUUUUUUUUGGUAAAAAAAGCGUGAAAACCUCCCUCUAUUUAGCACGCUAAAUGAAAUUAUUCGUUUGGCUUUACCAUCUAUUUUAACUGUAUGUGUAUUGUUUAUAUGAUCUGUAAGUUUGAUUGGUUUGAAGUGCUUAUUUUUGAAAAUAUUUGGUUUUAUAGUAAAAAAAAUUUUCUAAAAAUUUUUGCAAAAUUUCAUUUUUUCAAAAUAACUUAAAAAGUAUUAGUGAUAAGAAAAAUCUUAAAGAGUAAAAAAAUGUAGGUUUUGCUAUUAUAAAUAUGCUAGUCAUUCACUUCAUUUUGUUUCUCCGUAAGACAAAAAUUGGUUAAGAUAUGGCUGUUCAAAAUUUGCAUACACUCGUGAUUAGUGACCCAUUCAAGCUUUCUCAAUUAUAACCCUUUCAAAAAUAAACACUUUAAACCGGUGAGACUGACAGAUCAUAUAAAAAAUAGAUAGGUAAGUAAAUUGUUUGUAAAGCGCUAGCGAUUAAUUUCAUUUGGGGAGCUAAACACGGCGAGAUUUUCAUGAUUUUUUACAAAAAAAAAGAGGACCAACUUUAUUUUGAGCGUAACUCUCUUAUUUUUAAUGCUAAAACUUUUGUUAACAGUUAAAACAAAGCUUUUUAUAAACACUUUAAAAAAGUUUAAAUGAGUUUUUCCCGAAAAGUGCUUAAUUUUUCGGUGAUUUCACCUUGAAAUAUUCGAUUUGGAAUUAGACGAAUAAGAACGUAUUUUUCAUGAGCUACAACUUUGUUUUUAUUUAAUUGAUAGACUUUACUGAUACACCAUUUUUUUGGGUUUUUUAUAAGCUACACUUUUGCUAAGGAUAUUUUUUUCGAUAAAAUAUUUACUUUUUGAGUUAUUUGCGAAAAACCGUCUGAAAACGUAGUUUUUUUGUCGAAAAAUCAACAUUUUCAAUGGCAAACAACUCGAAAAGUAUUGACUUAGUAAAAAACUCUAUAGAACAAAAGUUGCUUAAAAUCAGUCAAUUUAUCCAUUUCCGGUCUUAUCUUGAACGUAUGUUUCUUCAACCCCCGAGAAGGGGUGACUGUCACCCCCCCCAAGUAAAAGCAACCAACGGCACAAGUUUAACUGUGAAGUGGAGGGUAAGUAGAACCUAAAUCCAAAUUUUCAUGCAAUUCGGAGUUGCCCCUGAAAAUUACACGGUAUCGCCGAAUUUCCCGUUCAUUUACUGGGCUAAUAAGUUAUUAUGAGUUUUUGAGGCUUGAAAUUUUGAAAAUCUUAUAUUUAAACGAAACUUAACAUUAUUAUGAAAUAAAACAAAAAUAUGCAAGUUCCUUUUUGAAAAUUCUAAGCAUGCGAUGUUAAAUCGUUCCAGCUAGCGAGCAUUAUAACAAUCCGUUCAAAGUCAGCUCAGUCCAAAAAUACAAAAACGUACUAAAAUUUUUUAAAUGCUCAGUAAAACUGGUAGGUACAAUUAUAUUAUAAAAUAAUUCUCAAUGUAUAAGUUGUACAAUGAUAGUUCUUUGUUCAACUCACUUUGACUUAAGUAACAAUGUCUUAGCUUGUUUAUAUUUAUAAUAUUUAUUCUCUUUAAUCAUAUAUAGUUACCAAUUUCUAGUUAUACUUUUAGCAUACUAUAGUGCCAUUAAUCGUUUUGUAUUUAUUCGUAAUAUAUUUUUAUAAGCACCAA